AUGCAGCUGAUACCAAAUCAAUGGAUUUUGCUUCAUGGAGUGGACAUGCCUCUCGAGUGCGAGCUGGAAAUGCCACACGGAACCUCAUGGACGGUCGGAGUGACUAUAGUGGGAAGAAGAUGCUACUUCGAACGAGGAUGGAAUGUUUUCGUCAAUCAGACCCGGAUAGAGAGAAGCGAUACCGUGGUCUUCACUUAUCACGGAAGAGGCAAAUUCAAGGUGAUGCGCUUUAGGACGAACGGAUUGAUGCCCAUGACUGAUAUACAUCUCGAACCAGAGUUCGCCGAGCAAGGCUAUCGGACCCCGGACUCUCAAAGUGAUGACAAUGAUGACUAUAAUUACUCGAACUAUAACGAUAGGCCUAUCUCAGCUCUACCAGCAUUUACUAUUGUACUACUUGCCUCCGACCUUGAGAGUGGACCGAUGCUACCGGUGAUAUGGUGGAAAACUAACAUCCGAGAUGAUAAUCUUAUUCAAACUGUCAAACUAAUUUCCUCGGACUCGGACCCUACUUAUGUGUACGUAUUGGCUGAAGAUGAAGUUGUGAAGGUGUGCAGGGGAUGGAGGUGGUUCGCAAGAUCAAAAAAUCUGCGCGUCGGAGAUUUAUGCAGGUUCGAGUUGAUUCCUGUACAAGAGACCACUCUACGGGUGUCAAUUAAUCGCUAG